GUUCAGGAGACACAUGCUUGGAGCAUCCAUCAUAUAAGAUUCCUAGUUAUAUGUCUUGCUCCUGCAUGGACGCUCCCGUCUACAGUUGCACUUUGAGGUCGGUAACAAGCGCUAUGGACGGGGACAGGUGGACGUGUUCACAUGGAAAUGGGUUGGAUCGUAGUAAUAGUGUGCAGCUACAUGUUCAGGUUCCUAUCACAUCGGUGAACAUAAUAGAACCUGCAGACUCAACAGUGACGAUAAAUGAAGGCACUUAUGGACAUUUAAAUGUAGGACGUCAGGUGGUCUUCCCCAAGCAACGAUCAAAUGGUUCAAGGUGACAGGAGACACGUGCUACCAGUCUGGAAUGGAGAUCACAUCUUUAGGUUCCGACCCUUUUGUCAGUGAUGUGGACGGCUUGAAGCAAGUAGAAAGUACCCUGACCUUCACCGGUGCUCGGACAGAUAAUGGACAGAGAAUAUGUUGCACUGCCAGUAAUGUGGCCGGAGUGCAACUCAUGUCUGGGACCAAAUUACUGGAUGUCAAAUAUGCACCUUCAUCCCCUCCAGCCAUUAGAGGAUAUGCCAAUGGCAGUACCUACAGUAUGAUCGAAAACAGCACAGAAAGUCUGACAUGCAGCAGUAAGGGCGGUAAACCACUGGCCACUCUAACCUGGAAGUGCUUUAACAACCAGAUGUCCGAUCCUACUGAACAAGACCAUACAGUUACAAGGGUUGUACAGUGGACAGCGAGGCGUUAUGAGAAUGCCAGGUGCACGUGUAUUGCCUCGCACAUGAUGAUACCAGAUCAACUUCAAAGCGCCUUUGUCAAUGUUAACAUUCUAUAUCCACCAUCUACGCCUCUAUUCAGAGUGGCCAAUGUUCACGUUGGUUCCAGCAUCAAGAUCGUACGCGACAGUACACAAACUGUUGAAUGUUACAGUUCUGGCAACCCAGCUCCAACAUCGAGCAACUUUACAUGGAGAAGGGGCUCCACUGCAUUUGGCAGGAGUCCAGUUUUGAAAUGGCCGGGUGGAGUCAAGGUUGUUGAUGAAGGCAGCUACACGUGUACCGUAGAAACAACUUUGACACCAACAAACCAAAGUAAAGACGCCAAAGUUACUGCGAGUUCAUCGCCGCUAGAAAUCACUGUGUUAUAUCCUCCUGGAUUGCCAACUAUACAUUUGGACAGUAGUUCAGGACCAGUAAUAGAUGGUCCGUUAACACUUGUGGUUCAGAGACCGUUCACUCUUGCAUGCAAUGCUUUUUCAAAACCUCCUGGCAGCUACACUUGGACAGGAGGAGUUAACGUUGUCCAAGGUCAGCUAAUACAAGACACGCUUACCACCAAAGUUAACACAAGCAGGAUGUGUACUGCAAGCAGUAGACUUAACCCUUCAGUAGGAGAAGCCAGCACAAGAACUUCUUCAGCUUAUGUCACGAUAAACAUAAACUAUCCUCCUGAAAGUGUGAAUAUAAGGCAUGAGUCAGUAUCCGGAACCAUCAUUAAUUCCGAGUUAAGAGUAAUCGAGGGAGAUGCGACCAAACUAUACUGCAGUGUACAAAGUCAGCCGGCUUCGUCAUAUUCAUGGUCAGGAGUAGGCAUUCACUCGCUUGGUAAUACUAUGGUAUACAGCAACACGCGCCCGAAACAGACUGGUGUCCUAUCGUGCUUGGUGGAAAACAAUAUGACGCAUCUAAUUCAAGCUGUAAAGGGAUUGGCGUCAAGAAACAUUUCCUUAAAUGUUCUUUAUCCACCAAAGCUUCGCGUUUUACACAGACUAAAUUCAGUAGAAGGAAGUACUCUAUUGGUCCAAUACAAUACAUCGAUUUCUAUUUUUGACUUCAUCGCCUUUCCAAACCAAUACAUCGUUACCAUCAAAGAGUCGGAUCGGCUUGUACUCUUAUGUGGUGUUUUUAGCAACCCAAAUUCUACUAUCAGAUUAAAACAAAAACACAUGGCAACCAUCAUAAUGGAAAGAGAAAAUGUUCGUGAAGUAGUGUACGUAAUUCAAAAUGUCUCAUGCUCUGAUGCUGCUGUCUACACAUGCUCCGCUUUUAACAACUACACAGAUGUGGAAAGAGCGCCAUCUAAAGAGUUGCAGUUGUUGGUGGAAUGCUCCCCAAGGCCAUCUGAUAGUCAUGCAUAUUUAACACGAAAUGCUACUGGAUCCGUUCAUAGAAAUGUCACUUUUGCAUUUAUGGCCGUUGCGUAUCCACCGCCGAUGUUUGAAUGGCAAAUGUGGAAUGGAACAUCGUAUAACAAAGUUUAUGGGGACAAAUAUGUUAUCACAUCAUCAGAUCUGCUCACAACAUUAACCAUUUUGAAUAUUCAAGUGGACGAUUUUGGCUCAUAUAUUCUGAAUGUUUCGAAUGGAAUACAACCAAAUUUGCGAGAACUGUUUUACCUAAAUCCACAAGAUGUGCCACAGUGUCCUAUAAACUUUACACUGCUUUCAAAGUCUACUACAAUGGCAACAGUGCAGUGGAAUGGAGGGUUUAAUGGAGGACUCCAGCAGACAUUUGUUCUGGUUUACAAGAAGCGCUUUGAGGCAAAAUACUUUACUCUUUCGAAGCUAGAAGAUAAGGCAACAUACUUAUACAAUCUGAAACUAACAGAUUUAGAGGAGGGUCAACUAUACGAUGUUCUUUUAUUUUCACUGAACUCGAUUGGCUCAUGCAAAGAAAAUAUAUCUCUGGAAGUCGAAACAGACACAAAAAUCAGAACCCCUAAUCAAGCUGCUGUUAUUGGUGGUUUAGUUAGUGGAAGUAUCGUGGUAGUUAUUGUUGUUAUCGUCCUAGUCUUCAUCCUGAGACAAAAAUACACUCUGAACUGUUCCUGUGACAUGUCCCUAUCGAGGAAAAAAGAUGCAAAUUCAGGUCAAAACUGCCACGGUGCUGACAACUCGGGAUAUAACGCUGCCGUAACGUACGAAGUUGUGUCUGCGCCAAAAGAAUCGCCAAUUUACGAUUCAUUAAAGGAUGGAAAGGAUGGACCUGAAAAUCUGCACGUGUAUAUGCAGCUGAAGGAGUCUAAUCAAAAGUCACUUGCUUGUUACGAGAAUGUAAAUAAAGAGGAACCCGUUUACCAAAACACGGUGUUGAAAACUCCAGUGCAGACAGUGAUUUAAGGAGUAAAAAUAACUGGAGCUCAUAUGAGAGAUUAUCUUCAUUUAACUACGGAAUAGUUUUGUUGUGAGGUAUCUUCAUUCAAAAAUUCUAUUCUGAUGUGUACAUUACGAACACGUACUGUGAAACACAUUUACUUAACGGAAAAAGGUCGAUGAUCCUACAUGACAGAACUUACAAUUGACACAUGUAAUAGUAAACUCAUACUAGGUUAACACAUUAUUUAAGAUUGAUGUAUGCGUAUUUUUCAUGAAUAAAAUACUUUUAUUUGUUAUGAAAUAAUUACCUUUUAAUGUCAAUUCAUGAACAGUACGUAGUAUAUCACUAAUGUUUUUUUUCAAUACACUAGUGGAUACAUGAGAUUAUUAUAUAUAUGAAAACAGUUAAUAAUGUUCUGCUUAUUUAUUUUUUCUUUCCAUGUAGCCUGGUGUUUGUUCAUUGAUACAUGCAA